AUGGCUGGUGAUGAAGCGUAUGUAGAUGAGACCCGUGCUGCCAAGGAGGCCAAGGAGGCGAAGCGGCGCGCGUAUGCAGCGGCGCUCAAGGCCAAGAAGACGGCGGCGCGCAAGGAGAAGCACGCAGAGGAGCUGCUGGCAAAGCUCGAGGCGAAGAAGGCUCGGAGGGCCCGCAAGGUUGAGCGGGCAAAGAUCCGGGCUGAGCGAAGGGCUGAAAAGGCUCAGCUGAAGCAUGCAGAGUGCCACGUGGUCGACUUGGACAACUCGGCUCUAGAAGAUGUCGAGGCCGAUGCCGACCUGCGCGCUGGCAGCUCAUCUGUCGUCAUCGACGUCUCGUCGUUGCCCGGUGGUGCGUCACCGUCUCCUUCAGUCCGCAUGAAGCGGAGGCGCAAGCGGAAGCGUAUCGCCGUCUUGGAUCUGGCGCGGACGCCCGAUGUCGAUGGAAGCGAUGGCGACGUCAGCGUCGUUUACGAGGCCGAUUUGGUCGACCGCGGCGUGUUCCACCUCGCGACCGAGCCCGACGCUGAGAUGGUUGUGUACGACGCCGCAAGUGACGUCGACGAUCAUGUGCCCAACGCCAUGGAGCGGGCCAAGGCAAAAGCCAAGACCCGUGCUAAGAAGCUGAAGCGUGCCAAGCGUGCUAAGCUUCACAAUGACCCGCUGAUUGCCCCCGAUGCUGAUCCCGAACAAGAGCCAGCACACAAGCACCAUCUGCUGGGCAAGGGCAAGGGCAAGGGCAAAGGCAAGGGGAAGGACAAGGGCAAGAACAAUGGCAAGAACAAGGGCAAGAACAAGGGCAAGGGCAGGGGCAAGGGUAAGGGCAAGGUUGAUGGCAAGGGUAAGAAGGGAUCGAAGGAGGGCAAGGGCAAGGGCAAAGUCAAGGCCAAGGCCAAGGCCAAGGACAAGGACAAGGACAAGGACAAGGACAAGGACAAGGCCAAGGCCAAGGUCGAAGCCAAAGCCAAGGGAAAGGGAAAGGGAAAGGCCAAAGGCAAGACCAAGGCGAAAGGCAAGACCAAGGCGAAAGGCAAGACCAAGGCGAAAGGCAAGGUCAAGGCUAUGGCCAAGGCCAAGGGCAAAGGUAAGGCCAAGGCCAAGGCCAAGGCCAAGGCCAAGGCUAAAGACGCCGAGAAGCGCAAGGCGGCGGCGCUGCGGCAUGCGCAGGCGGCGGCAGCCAAGGCGGCCGAAGCAGCUGCCGAGGCCGAGGCCCAGCAUGAGCGACGGAUGCGCAAGGCGGCGCGGACAGAGGCGCACGCCGCUGUGGUGCUGGCUGAACUGGAUCGUGCCCGUGCCGACGCUGUCUCGGCCCAGGCGGCUGCGGCUGCCGUUGUUGCCAACGACGAGUCGGCCAUCUUGCAGUGGGCGGCCGGAUCUUCCUCGUCCUCGUCAUCCUCGUCCUCGUCCUCGUCGUCCUCGUCGUCGUCGUCGUCGUCGUCGUCCUCGUCGCGAUCCCGGUCUCCACCCCCGCCGCACAUUCCACCGUUCCCUCCGCCAGAGAUGGCCGGAGCGCUCAUGCACGGCCGUGGAUACAUGCCGUUUGCCGGCCCUAUCCUCCAUCCGGGGCUUGUGCCCGGCUACGGGCAUCCAGGCAGUCGCCGCAUGAGCUCAAGCUCUUCUUCCUCUUCUUCUUCGUCAUCGUCAUCUUCUAACUCGUCAUCUUCAGUGGAGCUGCCGCCUGAGCUGCGGUUCUCGUCGUCGCUCGACUCUUCCUCCUCCUCGUCGUCUUCGUCGAUUGGCGUGUUUGAGAAGGAGGCGCAACGAGUGUGGAUCCUGCAAGUCAAGAUGGCGAUUCGGCGCGAGAUUGUGUGCGACUUUGAGCACUGUCUGGCGACGGCAUCGACCAACGCGGUGUUCAAGGCCGGCUAUGGCGGACCACGGCUGGAGACCAUUUCGUCUCCAGAGCCGGAAGAUGCACCACAGGCACUGGAGGCGGUCGACGACGGCGAGGCCAAGGUUCUGGAUCUUGUGCCUGUGGCAGUCAAGAUGAGUCUAGAGGAUCCGGACGACUCGCGUGAGGAGCGCGUGCUGGAGCGGGUUCGCGGUCAGCCCGGCCUACAACAGCUUGUCUGGUCGCGGUACUUUCCCGAGCUGCGGGCCAAGGUGCUCGUGACCGAGUUUGUUGAUGCAAGCACCAAGUUUAUCGCCGACUCGCUCGCUGCGGCGCAGAGCUACACGAGCCAGCUGUUGGCCGGCAUAGCUCGCCUCCAUGCGCUCUCGCUCAUCCACCGCGACAUCAAGGACGACAACGUGGUGUUUGACGGCGCACGCCAGGCCCUGGUCAUUAUCGACUUUGACUCGGCGUUUGAAGAGUACAACAUCGCCGACCCGAGUGCUGGCGAGCUCCCGCUCGGGCGUAUCGGCACGCCUGGCUACUUUGCACCCGAGGUCCAGCCGUCCAAGGUUCGCAGCUCGGACAGAGUCCCGUACAACCACAAGGUUGACGUUUGGUCUGCAGGCAUCCUCCUCGGCAACAAGUUGCUUGCAUCUGCCCGGACUGAGGCUGGCGACAGCGACGGCGGCGACGACGAGAGCGACGAUGACGACGACUUUCUUGGCUACCAGGAGAUCGUCAAGCGUAUGGCGUACGUCUCGCGCUGGGCCAGUCCCGACUCGCCGCUUCUUCUGGCUGUUGACUUGCUCGACAAACUCCUCACCCGCAACCCGAACCGCCGCAUCGAGGCUGCCGAGGCGCUCGUCCAUCCGUUUCUCGUGCUGAAGCCGUGAGCUAUGCCGUUUUGCGCCGCACUCGCUCCGGCGAUGGUAGCACCAUCAGCAGGACCAGGCCCGGGAAGAUGAGCCAAGGGACGCAGUGGUGCAGUGCGCUCCAUACGUCAAGCGUCUGGUCAAGCCGGAGGAGGGUAAACGGGACAGAGCCG